GAUUAUGGGGAUUAUCCACCGUCACUAAUUUGCGAGUUGAAGCCAGUCGCUUACGGCUACGGCGAUUGUAUUUACCGUUGCACCGUACCUGUGUUCCUUUGCCCGCACCUGGUGGACCCAAAAGGACGGCCUUGAUCCCUUUCCCUUCGUCCUGUGGCGUUGUUUCGCUUUGUUCUACCGGUGGCAUGAUGGUGUAGCUCCCAAGUGCAGAGAAAAACGAGAAAUAUUGCAGGAGAAAAUUGAAUGAAUGACCUGACUACGCGAAACGUGGAGUAUAAGGAAUGAGACUGAGGCCAAGGUGAACGGACAUGCGUACAUGUAACUUCCGGGUCAAGACUGUGUAGAUUUCUUGACUAAUUUUCUAACCCUUUAAACAUUCCAGCAACUUAUACACCAAUUCAAAUAGAUGUAUUUUACUAAUUCAUACAGUUCAUAUAGAAUACUAAAUGAAAGUUAACCUUGUAUCAGAAAACUCAAUUUUGUCUAAAAAUUGGGUCAAAGGUCACAUGAUAAGAAAAUGUGCAAAAUGGCGGAAGGGGAGUAGACUUUGUAAACUUUCUAAGUGAUCAAGUUGUUAUUUUGUGUUGAUCUUAACUCUCAGUCAAAAUGCAUUUCUCUAUCCCCGAGACACAAGAUUGCAAAGAUGAAUCGGGAUCGACGUACACGGUAUUUAAGAUUCAUGUAAAUGGAGUACAUCAUUGUACAGUGAGAUACAGUCAGCUCCAUAAUUUUCACGAACAGAUGAAAAAAGAGUUUGGUGCCAAUUCACUCCCACAGUUCCCACCAAAGAAAUUUAAACUUCUACAAUUAGGGCCUGCGGAACUUGAAGAACGCAGAGCGCAGUUAGAGAAAUACAUACAAAUAAUCAGCCAAAAUCCACAGAUUGCAAACAGUGAUGUUUUUAAUGGAUUCUUCCUCAGUGCCCAACAGGAAACGCAGCAUGAGGAACCAGAGCGUGUUACUCUGGACGUGUUUCUAAUGAACGGUCACAAAAUAACAGUGAAUAUUUUGUCUACAGACCAGACAGAAGAUGUUUUAGAGACUGUGGCUUCCAACAUCGAACUGAAAGACGAUUUUGUGUUUUAUUUUGGUCUUUAUCUAGUCAAGAAGGAAGGUGGAGAAAAAGAAUUGUCAAUUAUAAGAAAGCUCCAAGACUUUGAGUCCCCCUUCAUUUCCCUAAAGGCUGCAAAUAAAGAUGGCGUCCAUAAAAUUGUGCUUCGUAAAAGUUACUGGGAUUCAUCAUUUGAUGACGACUUAUUAGAAGACAGAAUAGCCAUGAACUUGCUCUAUGUCCAGGCACAGAGUGACCUAGAGAGAGGCUGGAUCCACGCAACUAAAGAACAGAUGAAACAGUUGACAAAUCUUCACCAGAAGGGGUCUAAAAAAGAAUAUCUCAGACUUGCAAGGACACUCAAAUACUAUGGCUUCCUCCACUUUAAAAAAUGCCAGACAGACUAUCCCCAAGAUGGCUGUGCUGUUGUAGUUGCCGCUGGCAACAGGGAACUUAAUUUUAGGAUUCAGGUUUCAGAGGAUCAGCUAAAGGAAGGAAGUUUCAAGAUCACCCGUAUGCGGUGUUGGAGAAUUACAACAACGCUUCCUGAGGAGGAAAAUGAAAACCCAACCGACCCAAAGCCCACACUGGAGAUAGCUUUUGAAUAUCUGAUGGCCAAAGAUAGCCUGAAGUGGAUCACCCUGUUCACAGAUGAGGCAAUCCUGAUAAGCAUGUGUCUUCAAGGAAUGGUGGAUGAGCUAAUUAUGAAGAAACAGGGCAAAAAGAUGAAGAGGCCACAAGAUCGAGUAAAGAGGGCGCCACGUGCAUACCUGAAAAGAGACGGUACAAGCAACGUCACAUACAAUGAGGCUGAUAAUGAGGAACACACCACGAGUACUGCACAGAAAGCAAAGGAAUCUGUGAAGAAAAUUUCAGAUAAACUCCAGUCAUUACGGACAUCAGCUUUGGCGCCUGAUCUGCCAGAAAACGAUGCUUUUGUGGGUGGAAUAGGUGAUGACGACCUCUGAUGAAAUAAUGAUAUUAAAAUCUAUGAUGUCACAACAUUUAGAACAGCAAAACCGGUGAUGUCAUAAGAUUUUGUCUAGCAAAACCAGUGAUGUCAUAAGAUUUUGAAUUGCACUGAGAAGGUGGUCUCAUCUUCACAAAAAAGGCUGAUUUUGAAAGGAGGAAUGAAGAAGAAUGAAGAAAGUGAACAUGGUUGUGAUUGGAUAGAAAUCCUAGGAGGGAUGAGACGAGUUGAAAAGUUGACUGAAAUCCAGUAAUUUAAGGGACCAUAAUAUAAUCAGAAGUCAGAUGCAUAAUAUCUGAUCAAAAGCAAUAAUUACACCAUUAUGUUAUAUUAUAACCAUCGAUAUAUUAAGAUGCAUGGCUUAGUGAUCAAAUUUUAAGAUAGUUAUAUAUCCCAGCCAUUCCAAGUGCAAUAAUAAAAUGGCAAGACACUGUUUCACAAAGUAACUUCAGCUCAAAAAUUAAUCUAAACCUUAGACCGAAAUUUAUCAACUAUUAUCUAGGAUAAAUCCGCAAUAGUUCAUUUAAAUAAAAUAUUAUGCAUUGUUUAUAACAAGAAAGACGUGGUUAAUGUUUCAGUCCACUAUUUACUUAAUUUAAGUGGACUACUUAGGAUUUAUCAAAAACUGAAAUGGACCAAAUAUUUGGCCUAAACUUUAUGGGUCUAAUAGUCCAAAUAUUGGGCUGAAUUUGUCUUGUGAAACAGGUGGCAGGAAGUGUUGGUUGUGACACCCUGAGUUAGAGCGUUUGCUGGAAAUGCCCCUUUGCUGUCAGCAUACCUGUGGCAUUGCUUUUCAGUUCCCAGAUCUUCAGGGUGUAUGGAACUUGAUGACUACAAAACCUUGUACAAAAGUUGGGAGGGGGAAAAUGAAUAUAAACCUUCUGCCAGAGUGUGUGGAACCGAAUGUUUUCUGUUUGUGCAGUUUUAAAUCAAAAUAUAUCUAUUUUGAUGAUUGCCUGUCAGCUAGCAAAAAUUCACUCACACAUUUAUUCAUUUAUACUUCAUGGUAAGUUCACUCACCUUUGAAAUUUUCAGACUUUAACCCACUUUAGUGUUCUAAUGUUUAUAAUCUUACUUCAAGAAACCAGUUGAAAUAAUCAUUCAUACACUGUCUAAAAUUUCACUUGCCAGCAAGAACCCAAAUAUACAUUCACACAUGCAAACUUAGGAGAUUAUAUCAGGUGCCUUAAUGUUAACUUCGCAUAUCAUCAUUAUUAUUAUCAAAGCAGUUUUUGAAACUCCCAAAGAUUUCUGUUAUAUAUUUAUACAUUUAUCCUCAGUGUGUAGUUUCGUAGUGUUUCUGGAAGUAUAGCAAUCUGAGUCAAUGGAAACUUGCCACGAUAAUCCCUGCGAAAAUUUGUCUGUUCCAGGACAUUCUGAAGGACUUCCAAAAACAGUUCUUGAACUGUUAGAUUCAUUACAGAACAACAUUAGAACU